CCAGGUAAACGUCAAAUCGCAGCUCAAGUUCAAAUUGUGUUUCAUUUGCAAUUUCAUAAAAUCAUCUGUUUCAGAUAUACGCACUCCUGUGUGUGCCGUAACUGGGGCUCAAUACUUAACAACAAACGGUUGGUCGGAUCUACGUAAUCCCAUUGACAAUGACUAUCCAUUUCGUAUGUUUCGUGACGAGGGCAGAACAUUUUUGCAGUGGCUGGGUGAACCUGAUCUACGUCAUAAAAUGCAAGGUCGUCUUAUUGUUGUGCAUUUAGUAUGUCGUGAUAUGUCGUUGGCAUUAAACGCUACUAACAUCGGCCUUUCUAGCUCGGAUCAUAUUAUGCCACCAAAAAAUGUUUUCUCACCAUGUGUAGCAUUCCGUGUUAAUGGUAGUCCCGUUAAGUAUGCCAACAACGUGUCGGAAGUAUUAUUCCAGUCAGAAGCUACCACGACUUUGGCAUCCACUUCGGACGGUAUGAGCACCAAAGAGUAUAUAGUCAUUGGCAUUUGCAGUUUGCUUUUAGGACUCAUUUAUGUAUCAUCGGUUUUUUUAUAUUUACAUAUGAAAAAACGUAAGAGUCGCGAUCAACAUCAUAUGCGGAAUUCAUUAGAUGAUCUUACAAACGAGAUCAAUUAUCCGAAAAACGACCAGGUGACAUUUGGUGCGCCGUUUGCUCGAAGCGGCAGUUUAUAUUCGGGUGGUAGUUUGACUACCUCGAACGAACCACGUUCAAGGGCUAGCUUGAGCAGUUUGAAAGAGGAAAUGGGUAUCGUGAAGAAUAAUCCUUUAUUGCAACACUUUCCGCAACUAAGCGAUCACCACUCGGGCUUUGCCAGCGAUAUAUCUAAUUCGGCAUCCGAAUGCGAAAUGGACGGUGGUUAUCAUGACAAAUUUAAACAGAUGCAAACUAAUGUUAUAGUUCAUCCGCAAAUGGUGUGCUCAAAGGUUGAUUGCCCGCCCAAAGUGAGCGGAUAUGUUAACACUGCCAGCCAACAUCAAAUAAUGAAAGAAGAAGACUGUCCAGAAACAACUAAUUCAUCGACUCAGGAAAACGAAUGUUUACCUAUAGAAAAUGUAGCCAUUAUUGAAGAUAUGAUGACCGAAGAGAAGUUGGAGAACUUAAGAGCUAUGGUUAAUGGUAAUGUUCGCAAAAAAUUGUACUUCAAUCCGGCCUAUUUUGAGCCGCAUUUAUUAGCACAACCGCCGCCGGCUGCUCUGGAGUUUUUAUCUAAAAUUCGCGAAGUUAUAUCUAUUGCGAAAUAUAAAAUGGCUAGUAAACGUUAUCAACCUUCCCUAACGCUUAUACCCGAAGAAGGCACCGUGCGAUCUGGUACUCCUUCCUUGUACGGCUCGCAAAUGCAGACAACAUCGGAGUGCCAAGGUUGUGUUAACAACCGGUGCAGUGGUCAUGUGAAAAAUUGUGGCGAAAAACGCAACAGCAUUGAAAAAUGGUUACAAACAGUCAGUUCCAGUGAAAAUAGUCAAAGUCAUGAGCACAUUACAAAUUCAUCCAGAGAAAAUACGCCGCCAAAUAGAGCAGAGUCUGAAAUAGAAAAAGAUAAAUCAACUUCUUCUUCCUGUUCUGACAAAGUUGCGAACAGUGUGAACUCAAAUGUUAUCUCUAGACAACCGCUAACAUGUCAAGGUUCUUUGGGAAGACGUGGUCCACAACGCAAAGAUAUUACACCGCCAAAACAAAAACCCCCACCACCCCCCAUUAACAAAAGUAACGCCGCGCUAAGCUCGCGUUCUUCCUCAGCCUGGGAGCAUGGUAAAUCCAAUUACCCGAUAGAGUCAAAGAACUGUCCUAAGGACAAUGACUUGAUCAUAUACCAGCAUUAUCACACGCCUCAAUUAAUGAAGAAUUCUAUCACGAUUCCUAUUAGUCCUACUAAAUAUGAUACUUUUUCGGCAUUAUCCGCAGCCGCAAAUAUAUAUGGUUAUGCUGAAACUGGCAGUGAAAUCUACAAUAAUCCAAAAUUUUCUCUGCACGACUCACCGGCAGCCUCUCAACGCAGUCAUGGCUCGUCGCAUCGUUCCAAAAAUUCUCGUAAACGUUUAGAUGCUCUUGAUCAAUAUGCUGUGGCUUCAACGCCCAGUUCUUUGGCUUCAGGUGAACGUCAACACUACGAUAUGUUACGUAGUAUGGAACAAAUGCCUGACCAUAUUGAUCAAAAUCCACCUGUACGUGAUUUUACAGCCACAAUCGGAUCAAAUGGCAGUUUCCAUUUGGACAUACCUACGCCUGAUUACGACAGUACCAUGGAAAAAAAAAUUAAAGAUAUUUACAAUAAUACUCAAAGCAGCGGCCCCUCGGUGCCUACACCUGAUUACAGCUCUUUGAGCCGUAAAUCUUUAAAACAAUAUCAACCGGAUUCUCCCAUUUACCGCCGAAAGUCACCGCAGUACCUAAUAGUAGACUAUGAGACAGAUAGCUUAGAGCGUCUAGAGAAUACCAAACACAAAACUACUUCUCAGUCGUCUUCGUCGCCCUCUUCCGAUGUCAGUUCGCAACUUAGUCCUAGUUUAAGUACAGCAUUACCUCUGGAAGAGGAAUUAGAAAUAACGCACACCAUGUUUGGUGAUCGCCUGCUUGUAAGUAAGCCUUUAACUGGUAUCGGAAAAAAGCUAACAACGACAAAUACAAAUCCAAGUGUAAGCAAAAAAAACGUAGCUUCGCGUAUUAAAUACGAUACUCCCUUUCGCGGAAGUAUGACUAUAGAAGUUGAACAUGAGCCACCUUCCGAUUUAGAACGCUCCACCGAUAGCGAUCAGUACGAGCCGGACACGCUCGAUCGUAAACCGAAGAAGCAAAGUUUUUGCGAUGUAAGUGCAUGGUCGGCAGGAGACUUAGCAAGAUCUCAGCUCCAGCAACAGCAAACAAUGCAAAAUGAACCUAUGCUCACCGAAUCUAUCUCUUUACCCAAUAUAUUGGCGCCACCGGCAACGGGUGAGGAGCCACAGAUAUGCAAAAUACAAUGCCACGUUGUAACGGAAAGACAUAAUAGCCAAGAUUCGGCCUAUGAAAGCCAAAUGGAAUUAAGAAGGCAAUUCUCCGCCCAAAUGAUGAGACAAACUAAAGUCAGCGCCAACCAAUCCUUGUUGACGCGGCAGAGUAGUGAUCGCAGUUGUAGGUGCGGUAAACUAACGAAUUUGCCAUCAACGACACCAAGUGUAGGCAGUGUUAACGCCGAGGGGCGUAUUUUAACACUUGAAGCUAAGCACAGUCGCAGGCAAAGACCAAGUGAAUCGGGCUCAACAUCACCUUUGAUAGAAAUAUCAAACGAAACUCCCAACAAAACAACAAUCAAAAUUUCCACACCCAAGGCUAAUCGAAUUUUGACGAGAACAAACGAAUUGGAAUCUACAGCAGCUUUAAUAAAACCUCGCUUACAAGACCCCAUUCCACAUGAAUUGGACAUGCAGGCGGAUCGGAAGGUUCGCGAACCACCUAACUAUGAACGAAGUGCCAGUACUACACCAACGCCGUCAACUAAACGAAAAUCUUCCCUAUCACCGUUACUUCCACCGCCGCCACCACCUACUUCAGCCACGACCACACUGAACAGCAAGGCAAGUCGAUGCUCACCGCAGCGCAAUUAUAUGGCGUACUCAGCCACCGAAGAUGAAACUCUCAGCAAUCAUAGCGAAUCCACCGAAAUUACCGGCAUUUCUGAAACAAUGCCCAACUCAGAGUUCAGCGGUACGAUAGGCAAAUUCCCAAAGUUAGUCGAAAGUGAAAAUACAAUUAUUUUAGAUAAAUGUGCCGUCGAAUUGGAAAAGGUUCAAUUAGCGAACAAAUUAAAAGAUGAGGACUAUGGUGCCAUAUUUAAUACGCAUAUCAAUGGUUUACGCACUGACUACAGCCUCAAUAAGUAUAAGAUGAAUAAGCGAAAAUUGCAAGAUAAAGAAGAUGAUAACGAUGAUGAUGGCAGCAAUAACACAACAAUUACUGAUUCUCAACUGGAAGCUAAUAAUAACCUUAAAAAUUCCUUAGAUACGGAAGUGAAUAAACUGGACACCGUCUCCUUAAGUUCAAGAUCAAACCGUAGCAGUAGCCGUUUAUCACAACGCACCAAGGAAAUGUAUCGUAACGCCGGUGUACCAGUGGGUAUAGCAUAUCCACAACGUAGUACGGCCAAUAGCAGUGGCAAUAAUAGCACAACUAACAACAGUAAUGUUAAUAGCAAUAAUGCGAUUGCGAGCAGCACUACCAGCACGACAUCGACAGCUAAUGUUCAAAGUGUUUACCGUUGCGAGAUAGAGCCGGUACAGUUAACACAUGGCAUGCAAAUUGCUAUGGGCUUAAAGGACCGGCCGAAAAAAGCAAAAGAUAUUAAAAAUGCUUGGAGGAAGUUUGUAAGUAUGGCUGCUUCAAAGUUUAGUCCCACACAAAGUCCGGCACCACCGUACGAGAAGAAGAACUCUUCCAGUUUAAUAGAUGUAAUGGAACGCGAUGAAGGCAUAUCGUCCACUAUAGAUGAUCAUGCUCGAAUGGGAACACCCAAAAGUAGCUACUCGGCACCGGCUAGUCAAAACUAUUACGAGCAACGUUUCGGUUCGCGAAUUCAAGAAAUGGACAGUGGCUAUAUGAGCGCCGAUUCGGCAGAAGCUCAUAAACGUGGCUACUACGAUCGUUACAAUUUCAAAAUGCUUUCCGGGCGAGAACGAAUUAUCCGCGUUGAGACGAUAGAAGAUCAGUCGGAUGGUGAGAACAGUUUAAAAGAAAGCGAAAAUAAUGCAAAUAUUACAGAGAUAAGUAAAGUUAGAAACAAUUUAUUAGAUAGUAACCGCUACGAGGAUAUGAAACAAUCGAAACGAUUAGAAAAGGAAGAAGGUGGAGAAGUAGAACAUAAACAAAUCGAUAGUGCAAGCGAUAGUGAUUCGGAUAAGACAUUAAUACAUUCAAAUGGCCAAAGAAGUGCAAAACAAUCAUCCGCACUGUACACGUCCGAUGAGGAUGAACAACCGACAACUACCAGUUACGGUUCAUCCGAGACGGAUGGUGAGAUCAAUCCUGAAGAUAUGUGGGAAUCGGGAGCUGAAAGCAUUGAAACACAUUCGGUUCUAUAUAAAAACAUUCGAAAAUCGGUAGAAAGAUAA